AUGCAAUGUGGCACGCCACAGGGGUCUCCUUUGUCACCAAUACUGUUCCUUCUGUACCUGGCAGAGCUGCUGUGGCAAAACUCGGAGUUGCGCUUUGGCUAUGCGGAUGAUCUGAACAUCUGGCGGGCGACCCACUCACUUGACAACAAUGCCACCCUUCUCAGACAGGAUAUACAGAGUAUUCUGAGGUGGGGGGAGAUAAACAAGGUGGCCUUCGCACCAGAGAAACUUGAGAUGAUCCAUCUUACAAGAAAGCGACACAGAGCCAGCACUUCGCUGGCUGGGUGUACACUUCGACAGAAGGCUCACCUGGAGACCACAUGUCUCCACCCGGGCAAAGAAGGCAAGGGCCGUGGCCCAGCACAUCCGGAGUCUGGGAAAGACCAGAGACGGGCCCCCAGCAGACGCUCUGCGGAAGGCGGUCACCACCUGCGUGGUUCCCUCACUGCUCUAUGGCACAGAGGCCUGGUACGGCGGCCGCACUCAGCCAGCAAGGCACAUGGGCAGGAGUGGGGAGGUUAA